AUGUCCGAUUCAGUGGACACUUCCGAUUUGAUCCACCCUGAUGUCCAGCGUUACACCCACAAAGCGCUACAAACGCCUGAUUCAUUUCGCGUUCUGGAGCUUCUACCAGGACCAUCCGGCUCAGCCUUGUCCUGUCGGAUACUUGAGAUAGACCGCACAAAUUCCGACAUCGAGUUCGAAGCUAUCUCGUACGUUUGGGGCAGCCCUAACCCCGUAUACUAUCUACACGAUGUGGAAAGCAAUGGUCUGUUGCGCAUCACAGAGAGCUUGUAUCUUGCGCUGAAGGCGAUGCGCUACCCGGACCGGAGCCGGAUCCUCUGGGCAGAUGCAGUCUGCAUUAACCAGUCAGACAACUUGGAGAAGAGCCACCAAGUCAAGAAUAUGGGCUCCGUCUACGCGACUGCGAGAAGAGUCAUGGUGUGGCUGAGUAACGAACAUUUCAUCGCCGAUUUCAAGUAUUGGAAAGGGCUUGAGAAAGCAUCAGAUAACGACAUGUCAACUGCCGACCUCAAGCUUACCAGUCGUCUCGACAUGGUUACUUUAGCUGUUCUCAGGAUAAUUGAGACACCGUGGUUCACUAGACUAUGGACCAUACAGGAGUUCGUUCUCGCUAAAGAUGUGCGUUUCUGCUCUGGCAACCAGCAUAUCAGUGACGAUGCAUUGCACAAUGCCAUCGACCAUGUCUCUCUCGAAGUCGAGCGGUCGGACACCACAUCGUCACCUUCGCUUAAACUUCAUAACAACGUCACCAGGCUCACAAGGGAUGUCUCUAUAUGA